UGGUGCUGAAACGCGUUCAGCUGCGGAGGGGAUCAGAGCUUCAUUCAGCAUCGGUGCAGGGAAGCCUCACACUCACACACACACACGCGUGCGCUUCUGCUCGAUCCAUGCUCCGACGAUCCUAAUCGGACAAUCCAGUAUAUAAACCAAGUCGAUUUGGACUAAAGGAGUGAAUGAGGAGAACAGGAGAACCUGCAUGAGGAAUCCAGGCGAAGCGUAAAGAAAAGUUCGCAACUCGGAAGGGACACAACGGAAAGCCAAUACGGGAUUGUGUGAACACUCGCGGACCAUCUCACACACACACACACACCGAGGGAGGACAUUGUGAAUAACUGUUGGCCUUUAAGCAAAAUCUUUUUUUUUCUUUUGGUUUUGAUCUUGAUUUUGGCUUUGGAGAGGUGCUGAAGGAACAACUGGCCAAACCGAACCGGUGCGUCGAGAGCGCGCAGCUUUUCAAUCCGGAGCGAGAAGAUUGGAGCGAAGAUGCUGCAGUUUUGCGUCGCGCUCAUCCUUUUAGGAGCAGUGACUGAAGCAGCCUACUUUUCCCAGCAGCCCCAGGAUCAGGUAGUGGUGGCUGGUCAAUCGGUGACACUUCCGUGCGUCAUCGUGGGAUAUCGAGGCAUGGUGCAGUGGACCAAGGAUGGCCUGGCGCUCGGUGGAGAACGAGAUUUACCCGGUUGGACACGUUACUCCCUGAUGGGAGAUCCACUAUCAGGGGAGCACAGCUUGGUGAUCGAUUCGGCAGAGCUCGCCGACGAUGCUGUGUACGAAUGCCAGGCCACGCAAGCAGCACUGCGUUCGCACCGAGCCAAACUCACUGUCCUGGUGCCACCUUCAGACCCUGUCGUUGAGGGAGGGCCUGUGGUGCGUCUGAAAGCUCACGCUCCCCAUAACCUGACAUGCCGGUCAUCUGGAGCCAAGCCUGCAGCUGAGAUCACCUGGUACAGGGAUGGAGAGGUCAUGCACACUGCAAUCUACUCGAAGGCGCUGAUGGAGGACGGGAAAAGAGAGACAGCGGUUAGUCUGUUACCCCUAGUGCCCGAUGACCGCGAUUCGGGCCGGACCUACACCUGCAGGGUCCUAAACCCAGCAGCUCCAGCCGGACGGCAGACUUCGAUCACCAUCAACGUUCAACAUCCUCCGUCUGUCACGCUGUCCGUCCAGCCACAGACUGUAAUGGAAGGUGCUAAAGUGUUGUUCAUCUGCUCAGCCUCUGCCAGUCCAGAGAUCACUGGCUACAGGUGGUCUAAAGGUGGCGUCCCCAUCCCAGAGGCCAAAGUGGACAGUCUGGAGGUGACUGUGGACUACUCCUAUUUCACUGACCCUGUGUCGUGUGAGGUGUCCAACUCUGUAGGAAGCACCAACGUCAGCACCCUGGUGGAUGUGCAGUUCGGUCCCAGGUUGUUAGCGGAGCCAAAGCCACAGACGGUGGACAACGGCAUGGAUGCGGCAUUCACCUGCGCCUGGACUGGCAACCCUCCACUCACCCUGGCAUGGACCAAGCAAGGAUCCAGCGUGGUCCUCAGCAACAGCAACACUUUGCAUCUAAAGGCCGUGACUCAAGAAGACUCCGGGACGUACACCUGCAAAGCCAUCGUACCGAGGAUCGGCGUGGCCGAAAGGGACGUCACGCUCACUGUGAAUGGUCCACCCAUCAUCACGGCUGAGGCUACACAGCAGGCUGUCAAACACGCCAAAGGAAAGCUGGAGUGUCUGGUGGGCAGCAGCCCUCCUCCUGACAAAAUAGUGUGGACAUUUGGGGACACAAGCUUGUCCUCCGGAUCCUCUGGCCGUUUUUCAGUGCAGACGGUGAACAGCGACCACGGCGUCCUGUCCUCCCUCGUCCUAUCCGAGACGCUGGCUCAAGAUUUCCAGCUGAGGUACAACUGCACGGCUUGGAACCGCUUCGGAACGGGCACGGUGCUCGUCACGCUCAAAGAACAAGAGGCAUUGCCUUUGCUGAUCAUCAUCGGAUCGUCUGUCGGGGGCGGCUGCGUUUUCAUCGUUUGCGUCAUCACCCUGGCGUCCAUCUGCUGCCGACAUGCUGCUAAAGGAAAAAAGGGGACGCGGUUAUCCAAGAGUGACAUCCGUGUGCAAAUCGUGCACAGUGACCACAACGCAGCCCGUGGGAAUGAUGACGAAGAGGAUGUGAAGGAGCCGAUGGCUCCCAACAGCAGCGAGUCUCCCGGGACAUCACGUACCGAGCACAGCGAUCUGCUGGAGGAGGAAGAUGAUGAAAGAUCAGAUAUUAAGGACCCCACGAAUGGCUACUACAACGUCCGGGGUCAUGAUGAACGCAAUGUCGCUCGCACCGGCUUUUCUGAGUUCAUCCCAACCUCGCGGCCCGUGUACACGCCAUGCCAGCUUCCAUCUCCAGGCCCUUUGUACAGCCAGACCAGCACUCAGCCACGUGUCUACGACUUCUCCAACCGCUACGCCACCACUCCGGCCACCCGCACCACCUAUGAGCAACAACCGCAGCAGCAACAACAGCAGCAACCGCAGCCACAACAGCAAACAACUCCAACAAUGUACCCCCAGGACCCGCUGUACCUGCCCAACACCUACAGCCGUGCCUUCACCAGCUACGUCAAACCCACCUCCUUUGACAAAGUGGACACUUUUGAGCAAUCAGACCAGGCCAGCAAGGUGUCCGGGUCGUCCCGCUUUUCCUACGCGUCCUCGCAGCAGUCUGACUAUGGACGCCCAUCCCAGCAACGCAUGCAGACUCACGUGUGAGUGCAAGAUUCUGCGGAAGGUGCAGAGUUCGAUCGAAGUGUUCUUUACCCCUUCAGUUUGAAUUGCGCCUUGGGAGUCAAAUCCAGCUAGUCCUUCUUGAGCUAUCGGAGAAAGGACAACACCUGUUUACGAGUCACCUCUGGAUUGUCCAAGCUAAUUUAAUUGUGUUUAGCUUCGUCUACUAGCAGAACUUUCUUAUGAAUGAAUGCCAUCCUUUUGUAAUUUCACUUGUUAUGGAGACGGGCACCCGACGACGCUUAGAAAUCAUAGACAGAUCAAACGGACUAACUUUUGUAAAUGAGAAGCUAAUGAUCUUACGCUUGACCACAAUCAAAUCAAAAAAGGAAAAAAUAAAAUAAAAGUCUCGUGUUGGCAUGCUGAAGGAAUCGUAAGCACAUUUUGUGUGUCGUUGACAUGAGGACUGAACUACAACAGGAAAUCACAAAUAAGCUGAGAUGAACUGGUGGAAACGACGGCUCUUUCAUGAAAUCUAUUGGGGUAUUUCUCAAGAAGAAAAAGAAAAUAAAGAAAGGACUUCUUGGAAAUGAAAAGAUGUAAUGAAGAGAAAAAAAUGCACUUCAGUUGCAUUUUUCUCUGAUUAGCAGAACAAAAGAAAGCCCUAAGUAGGAUGCAACCCAAACACAAGAGGCGUGUUUUGCACCCCAAAAUGGCAUGUUACUGAUUUUUGGGUGCAAAUGAAAGGUGCCUCGGGGUGUAUUGAGAAGCUAGUGGCAAUCCGAAACUGCAAAAUCGAGAUGCAGUAAAAACGUUUAGCGACUGUGAUUUUUACUAAAGAAAGUGCAGAGAUGUUCUGUCUAAAAUGACACAAUCAAAGUAUCUCCACCAUGUUUACACACAAUACAAAGGUAGAACACAACUGCUACUGAUAAACCAGUGUAAAAAUCUGGGGGGAGGGGUUCAGCCCUCUCUUUCUCUAUCUCUUUCUCUAUCUCUCUCUCUUUCUCUCUCUCCUCUUCUCUGUUGCAUGCAGAUGACGUGUCUAUGUGAACGUAUCGAGCGUUUCUUUCCAUGUCCAUUCCUUGUGUGAGACAUUGCUAUACUGCACCUAAUGCCAUUGGAUUGUGGUAAUCCCGAUGACGGGGUUUCCGUACUGCCAUUUUUUUUUCUUCGGGCCUGAGUGAUUUCCAUUAGGGGGGAGAAAAAAAGAAAAGUAAAUUCACAAAGUGAACUGUGCUGAAAAAACACAUUGCUUGUCUUUAUUUUUAUACUUUAUAUAAGCCUUAAUGUACAGUGUGUAAGCUGCUCAACUGUAAAGUACAUUUAUAUUAUGAAUGCAUAUAAAUAUAUAUUGAAUUUGAGUUUAUUCAGUUUGUUUUUAACACAGCGUGUGGUUUAGUCCAUUUUUCGUUCUCACUGUAAGUAUGAGUCCUUCAUCGUUUUGGGGUUGUGUUCGUUUUUUAGACACCUUUUCUUUUCUUUUUUAAGAUUAUGCAUCAAGGUUUUAUUCGCUAAAAUGAGCUAUUGUUGCUUGUAACUUUGUACACAUAUUUAUAUUUAAAUAAAACCAUUUCAAAUAAAAAGCA